AAUGUUUGCUCAUGUGCUGGUCGUGCUAGUCAUCUGCAUGUGGAUGUUGGACUUUGGAGCUGAUAGUAGAAACAUAGUGUUAAGUACAACACCUAUCAUAACCAUUUUGAAAAUAAAUCCCAAGGUGUUUGCGCCAGCAAAGAAAAAAAUAAAAUAUAGAUUCACUUUGCCGCUCUCGCUAGCUCUGCCCUUGGAACAGCGCCAGGAAUUGAUGGACAAUUGCAGUUCCUUUGGCAGCCCAUGCCAAUAUGCCGAAAACUGUUGCACACUACUGUGUUUAAGACACAAAUACGUCUGCGUAUCAUAAGAUGAACCUGAGAUAUUUUGUUAUUAACUAUGCUAUAGGGCGAAAUAAAAAAUGCUUUUUGGAAAUAUGUUUCGUCUUGGCAACUGCUUCAUGCGUGCAUAUAUUGACUGCCGCUCAAGUAUUUGCGUCUUGCAUUGCAUUUGCAAUUGCAAUUUCGCAAAGGCUGACUUUGAAAAACUCUGAACUGAACUCGUGUGAGCUACAAUCACAUGAACUCUUGCACAUAGCUUGAUCUCAAAGAGAUUCC